AUGAGUGAUUAUCUGGGUUUGUUAAGGAAGGAACACGUUGAAUUACAGGAAAAAUAUAAUAAUUUAUUAAAAAAAUAUAAUUCUACUAUUGCAAAUUCAAAGAUUGUUAAUGAUUCUGAGGAAGUGUCUUUUAUAUAUAAACUUGCAAAAAAUAUUUCUCAAUUAUUUGACAGUAAAUUGUAUAGUGAUGUAACUAUUAAAAUAUCAGAUUUAGAAAUAAAAGCUCACAAAAUUGUUAUUACAUCACAUACAAAUCGAUGGGAUCCAGAAUUAUUAGUAUCCAAUAUUCUAGAACUAACAGAUAUAAAAUAUAAAACUGUAUAUAUAAUAUUUAAAUGGAUGUAUAAAGAUGAAUUGGAUGAUUCAUUAACAAUAGAAGAAUAUAUGGAUGUCUUAUCAGGAAGCAAAAAAUUUAAAUUAGACUAUUUGGUAUAUCUUUGUGAAUCAGCUUUAAUCAACAAAUUAGAGACAGAUAAUUGUAUUUGUAUUUAUCAAUUUUCAGAAAAUGAAAAUUUAGAAAGAUUAAGAAAACAUUGUAUUAAUAUUGUAUCAGAAAGAUGGGAUGAUUUCAAACCAGAACAUUUUUCAUCACUUUCUCCUAAAUUAUUAUAUGAAAUGGUUAAGGGACAUUCUAGUUCUGUUUUAAGUAGUAUUAUAAGAUUACAACGAGAAGAUGUUUUAUUUUUAUUUUUAAUUGAAAAUGGUCAAGAACUUGAAAAAGUUAUUAAUGAAUAUACUGAUAAAGAUGAACUUCCAUUAGGAUUAGCAUUAAAAUCAAAACAAUUUUCAAUGGCAAAAACAUUAGUUGAAAAUAAGUGUAAUAUUAAUGCUACAUACAAAGAUGGUAAAUAUUUAUUAUUUGAGGCUAUUGAGGAUGAUAAUAUUGAAGCUGUUGAAUUUCUUGUUUCUCAUGGAGUUCAUUUAGGUGCUGUUCAACCAGAGACAAAUGAAACUUUAUUACAUACUUUUGCCAGUAGUACUUCUAUGACAGAUGGUAUGUUAAAAUGGGCUACUAGUCAAAUAAAUAAAAUGGAUUUUGUAAAUCAACUUGAUAACAAAGGAAGAACUCCAUUAUUUAUAGCAAUUGAUAAAAAUAAUAAACCUAUAAUAGAUUUAUUAUUAAAAAAUGAUCAAUGUGAUGUUAAUAUAUCAAAUAUUGAUAAGAUUACACCAUUAGAAGUAUGUCUUUUUGAAAUAAAAGAUUUAGAGAUAUGUGAAAAAUUAGUAAAAAAAGGUGCUAAUAUAAAUAGUAGUAAUGGAAUGGGUCAAAGUUUAUUACAUAUUGCUGUCAUGAAUAUGAAUAUUGAAGCAACAAAAUUUAUAACAUCUCACAAUGGUAAUGUUAAUAUUUUAAAUAAUGAAGAUGAAAUAUUAGAAAUAUUACAAUAUCUAGUUAAUGAAACAUCUAAUUUAUCAAUUCAAGAUAAUGAUAAUUUAGAUACAGUUAUUCAUUUAGCUGUUGAUAAGAUAGAAGUAUUACAAAAAUUUUCUGAUUAUAAAGUAGAUUUAACUAUAAUUAAUUACAAUAAAGAAUCACCUUUAAAAAAAGCAUUGAUAAAUAAUCAUUUUCAUAGUGGUAAACUUUUAAUAGAUCUUGGUAGUGAUAUAAAUGAAAAAAAUGAGGAUGGAGAAACAUUAUUAGUGUUAGCAUUAAAAACAAAAAAUUGUGAAAUGGCUAAGUUUUUAAUUCAUGAAGGAGAAAUUGCUGUUGAUAAUAAUUUAACAGAAAUUGUUGAUACAUUAUGUCGUUCUGGUGUCAAUAUUAAUAGGAUGAAUGAAAAAACUUCUUUACCUCCAUUAUGGAGAGCAAUUGAAAAAGAAUUAUUUGAAGUUGCAGAAAUAUUAUUUAAUUAUGGUUGUGAUGUUGAAGGAUGGGCUGAAGAUGAAGAAAAAACUUGUAUCCAGACAUUACUUCAUAAAGCUAUCGAUCAAAGUAAUCAAAAAGGUGCAUGUUUCUUAAUUGAACAUGGAAGUAAUGUAAAUGCAUUAAAAAAAUAUCAUUCUAGUAGUGAUGAUGAUAAACAAAACCCUCUUCAUAUGAGUGUAAUAUGGGGAUUAACAGAUGAUGGUGAUGGAAGAACACCAGCUCAUCUAGCAAUUCAGGAGCAAGAUAUUGAAAUUUUAAAAAUUCUUCUUUCAACAGAUGAUGUAUCAUUUUUAAAUAUACGAGAUAAAUUAGGAAUGACACCACUUGCUUUAGCUAUGAAAUUAAAGAAUGUUAAUGCUGCAAAAGAGAUUGUUAAUCGUUUACCUCAUGCUGCUGUUCAAGUUAAUGGUAAUGGUGAAAAUUUAUUACAUUGUGCUGUUAAGAAUGAUGAUCUUGAAGGGGUAUUUUUUCUUUUAGGAUUACAAAUAGAUGUAAAUAUUUUUACUCAAGAUAAGUAUAAAUUUACUGCUUUACAUCUUGUUGCUCGGACAGGAAAUGAAAUGAUUAUGAGAAAUUUAGUAUUAGCUGGUGCUAGAUUAAAUUCAGUUUCAGAGAAAGGUUUAACUGCUAUGCAUAUUGCUGCUUAUCAUGGACAUUCAACAAUACUUCAAAUAUUAAUUGAAAAUGGUGCAGAAUGUAAUAUUGUAGAUACUCUUGGUAAUAGUCCCCUUCAUUCAGCUGUUUUAGGAGAAAACGAUGAAUGUUUUAAGAAGUUACUUAUUGAAGGUGUUUCACCUAAAAUAUCAAUUAUAAUAUACAAUAUUUUAAAACAAUUUACUCCUGAUUAUCCAUUAGAAAUUAUUGAUGCUGAAGGGAAUACAGUAUUUCUUCUUUCAUAUAUUCAUGGAAAUGGAGAUUUAUGUAGAUUAUUAACAAAGUCAAACGUUUGUGUUGCUAUUACAAAUAAUCAAGGAGAAUCUAUUUUUAAUAUUGAAACACCAACAAAGCAACUUUUAUAUGGACUUUUAGAUAGUUUGCAAAAUGAACCAAAAUGGGCUGAAGGUGAAACAUGUUUAGAGUGUAAAACAAAAUUUACUUUAACUAUGAGAAAACAUCAUUGUAGGCAUUGUGGAAGAUUAGUUUGUUCUAAAUGUUCUGAAAAAACGAUGCCUUUAAUAAAAUAUGGAAUUCAAAAACCAGUACGUAUCUGUGAAAUAUGUCAUGAUGUUUUAACAGUAGGAGUGGAAUUCUUUUAG